GAGGAUGUAUUUCCCGAAGGCGGAGUCGUGGAGGACACGAGAGACCUUGGCCGGAUUGGCGAAAAGACGCUCCUUCCGUACCUCGGAGCAGGAACGAGGUCUUAACGUACUCGUCCGGGGCUUGGGGAUGAUCUUGGGCAGUGCAGCAGCGUGACCUUUCCGGGAUGUCGUCAGGGGGUGCAUCUGGCUGCCCACGCUUGCCCGGAGAGAUGGAGUCCCGCAUGUCGACGUCCACUUCCAUCGCGGGAACUCGUCGUGGCAAUUUUUCUUUCGCUUAUGUUACCUCGAGAGAGAGAGAGAGAGAGGUUAGCCGUCUCACACCGGGACACAAAGGAAGGCAGAGCAGCUCAAGCAGCGGGCGAACCGGCGAGCUAUUGCCUUGUACAGGAGAGCGGGGAAGAGGUGUGGUCAGCGCGGGGUCACGGGAGAGAGUCCGAAUGAGGUGGUGGUCUGGUGGAUGCUGCUGCCAAGAUGGCCUUAACCUAUGUAAACAUUACCCCCAACCCCUCCAGCUUCAUUCUGCCAAACAGCUCAUAUCUCGCCUCUGCCACUCAUUCUGGGACUCUUCACUCAAGAACGCACUCCAAGUCACCUCUAUGGGCCUUUACCGUAGCGACUCAUCUCCACAGCCUUGGGUCAGGAAACAGUCCCGCACCCUAGAUGUAGCACUCACCCGCCUCCGUCUGGGCCACACAAGACUCACAGCACACCUGCAUCGCCUUGGUCUAUCACCGGACCCCUACUGCCCCUGGUGCAGGACGGUCGAGGAAACCAUCGAACACUUCCUCUUACACUGCCCCCGCCCACCGUGUUGUGCUUCGUGAUCACCUUGCUGCCUUGGGUGUGUCUACCUUUAACCUGCCCACCCUGCUGGCGGCGGCAGGCGUCCACUCCUCACACCAAGCUACGGUUCUCCGCCUCACCUGCGUCCUCCUGAAGAAGUGUGGACAAGUACCCCGCCUGUGAUAACCUCACAGGCCUCCACCAGGGCUCAUAGGAUCUGUGGGAUCGUCGAAGCCCGAAACAACAACAGGUUGGUAUGCCGGAAGGGGUUCCUGUGCGCUUGGCGACCUUCACGCAGCCACUUUGUUUACCCGGGAAGAGCAAGUCUCCAGGAAUUUAAUCACCAUUCACCAUCAUAUUUUGUAUCAGAUUUUCCUCUGAAAAUGGAAAAAAAUCAAUUUAUAAGAGCAAACCCCAUCUCAAUCCCUGAGAGAGACUUAUUAAUACAGCUCAUCAGGGAUGAGAAAACUCUUGAAAACAAAAAAACGGAUGGGAAGACCAUUCUACAGAAAAGGGAGGCCUGGGCUAGAAUUACCAGGACUUUCAACUCACACAACCUUGGUUGUGUACGCUCGGAGCAUCAGCUUAAGAAAGUUUGGGAGCGUUUGAAAGUGAAGGCAAAACAUGAAGAUGCUCUCAUGAAAAGAGAACUUAAACGAACUGGUGAUGGGCCCCCUCCUGCAGCUGUCUCCAACGAGUCAGACCAAGUGCUGGCAAUCCUUGGCUCUGAUAUAGAGGAUAUAGGAAACCCCUAUGACCUAGAUGCCAUGCCAUCUACUGCCAAGUCACACCGACAUGGUCGGCUCAUCCGAAUUACCAAGUUUCUCUUUGGGAUUGGAGACUCCAGCACCAUGGUCUGUGAGGUGGUGGCCUUGGAUACACCACAGGAGGCCAUGGUCACACCACAGGUGGCAAUGGUAGAGGAGACAGUUAUGUUAGAGAAGACACCAGGACCCACCACUUCAAAAAGUCAAAAAGAAAAUUCAAUGACACCGAUUUCUAUUUAGAUGCCACAGAGGCAAGAAAUGUAACAAAAGAAAGGGUUGAAACACAAAAAAGAAUGAUGAGGAAAAAAGAAUAUUUAUUAGAUUUGCAAAUACAGGAUAUGGAGAUAAGGAAGAAGGAGACUGAGAUACGGAAGAAGGAGGCUGAGGUACUCUUACAGAUAGCCUUGAAAAAACUUGAAAAUGAGAAAAAAAAUUGCUAGUACAAUAAAUAAUGUAACACUGCUUUUUUUUUGUUUUGUUUCCUCUCUUGGAGAUUUUUUGUUUUAUCAGGAUGUUAUUUAAUAAUAAAAUGCAAAGAAUCAA